GCUGGUGCACGCAAAAACCGUGCGUGUCUUGGUGUGCCAAACGUCGAAAAAUAGCCACCUAACAGUCGCACCGGCCGGCCGAAAUCGCGAUUCGAAUUCAAAUUUGCUGCCAAAAAAAUCGUUGCAAGUCCAAAGAUGGCGCCAGGUCUUUUGUUAGUGAAACUUGUAAAAUGGCGGCGUGCCGUUUAUCCGUGAAACGUUGAAACGCCAAAAUCCAAACAAAUCGAUGUUAUAAUGAAUAUUGCUGUUAGACGCGUGCAAACCGAACAAGUUCGAUGCGUUAGAGUGAUCGUUGUCGAGGACCAUUACGAAUUGACCGAUAAACCGUGGUGAAAUUCAGUGUUAUUGUCUCCAAAAUUUAUGUGGAGCCAUAUUUAUAGUUUUAUUUUUUUGCAUGUCGCUCGUAACAAACCGAAAUUUUAAAUGAGAGAUGGGAUGGGCAAGCGUGCCGCAGCAUCAGUAGCAGCGCCAGCAGCCGUAGCAGGAGCAGGAGCAGCAGCGCCGGCCAGGCAGCGGACGCCGCGCGAUGGAUCCAGUGGGUCCGUGGUCCGCCUACGCCCAGUAUAACCGGCUGGCGGGCGUGCAGGGCGGUGCCGCCUCUGCCGGCGAGCUGCACCACCAUCUGUCGACGACGGCGGCCGCCGCGGCGACCGGCUCCCAUCCGGCCACCACCACCGCCCAGCUGCUGCCCGGCGGGUUCCUGUCGCCGCCGCCCGUCGGCUACGAGACCGUGUUCACACCGUUCCUGCAUCACGCCGCAGCUGGGGCCAAACCUCCUGCUCAUUAUGUGCAACAUAGGCAGGCCUUGGCUCAGGCCGCAUCGAAGCAAGGAGAUGGAGAGUUUCAAACACCUGCUUUUUUCGAACAAAAUCCAGGUGCGGGCUGGCCCCAGAACUCGCCGUUCGGCAUAUUGCCGCACGAGAGCGUCGUCGCUACCACCACCACCAAGCCGUACGAGAACUUCAACGCAGCCCACUUCGCCGCCGCCCAGAGCCUGAACCACCUAAACUCGCAGCUGGCGGCGAACGCGAAAACGGGCACAGCGGCCGCCCGUUCCCAGAGUCCCCAGGUCACCACCGCCUCCACAAAAAAUGCAACCCAGAAUGCAACAUUCUUCCAAGGUCAGCCGAACACGUUUUCCGAAACCCCGUCCACCAACACGAAGACAUUCACGUCGUCGAACAACACGUCACUGCAACAGCAAAGCUGUAUCGUCUCGUCGCCGAACACGGCCGUGACGAAGGAGUACAGGAUACCUCAGGCGCCUGCCCGCACCGCCUUUCUCGCCUCGCCUAACAACAACUCGUCGCCGCGGACCACCAUCGAAAAAACGUUCACGGCGGCGGCAAAGAAUACUCAGUCUUCCCUGUCGCCGAGUCAGAAUGCAAUUCAGACAAAGGCACAGACCAAGAUAUACCCCGAGUUGGGCAGUCAGAACGAAAGGACGCGGGCGACCGAAGAGGCGACAACGCAGAACAGUCCCAUCAGCUAUUCAAUCAUGGAUUCGCCAGGACGGCUCAACUAUUCGGGCAGCAACAGUUCAGGGAAAAGGCCGCCGCAGUUCCAGCAUAAUUACCGCCACUAUCAGCAACAACAACCGCAGCAGACCCAACAGCCGCAGCAACCGCAACCUACCGCCAACACGACCGACGAGUUCCAGCGUCCGAAGAGUGGGCCAGAUUACCCACCGAACGGCCAGCAGGACUGCAACGUAGUGGUGGUGCCCAGACGACCCAGUCCGUUGCAGGCCCACUCUCAACCCUCGCCCAUCGGGCACGCACAAAGUCCGGCCUAUCCACUGUACAAUAGUCCGUUGAAUUCGAUAUCGUCGCCGCAGCAACAGCAGCAACAACAACAGCAACAACAACAACAGACGUCCGGUACGUCGCCCCUGGACGCUUCGUUACCCCGCAGCGCCAGUUCGCAGGCGCAGGGCGUGGCCUAUCCCAGUGUGAUAACGCGGGCACUAAACUCGGACAACAAGACUUUUGCCGAACGGUACGAGAGGGCGCCUCAACACAACAGUCAUUCAGCGCAGAUCGAUCAAUCACAAGCAACGGGGGGACCGCAACAAAAUUGUAACUGGACGGAACAGCGUCAGCGCAAGUUCCCGAACAACCAAUACCCGCAACCGCCUGCUGCCGCCCCCAAUAAUAUAGAUCACCCCGCCGGUCAACAACGUCCUAUCCCAAAUUCGGACAGACAACCGACGACAUACUUCGACUCAGCCAGCGGACACCAAGUUACUCUGCAGGAUCUGUCCAGCUGUAGAGGUGAUCCGAUGAGCAUCGUUAAGAAUCUCCAACAGCAACAGAGCUGUCAGGUGCAACAGGAUAUUAAACCCGAGAUUAAAAAAACUGUUAAGCGGAGGCUCAGCAAUGAGAAACCAGUGGUUGCACCUGAGGUUCAUGUUGCAAAUAGGAUACCCCCACCUGCACACACUCCGGCUAAUCAACAGCAGCAGAACGGGGCGUAUUUCGAGUUCGAACGAUGGAAUCUGCCUCCACAGAAGAUAUUCGCUACGCAAGCUAUUCAUCAGCAGCACCAAGGUUUAAUGGUGCCACAUCCGCAUGGACAUCCCGGCCACCCGUUACCGUACUUCGCUCCCUUCCACAUUCCUCCACCCAGCGAAUUUUCCUCAAACGUGGAACUUACACCACUCACCACGUACACGGAGCAACAGCCACAACAACAGGCAGCCAACACGGCAGUCCAGUUCCAACCACCACAAGAGGACCAACCCAAAGUCGUGGUGCCCAACAUCGAAGAGGAACUUAAUUUUUUAGCAGAAGGUACGGUUAGACGGCCGGCGAACCACAACAACCACAAAACGAAUGCAAGCGCACCGCUGAAUGUGGGAGCGACGCUCGGCAAGCCGAAUGUGACCGACAAGGCCGCGUCCGGUCUGGGCGCCAGUUUCAUGUCCAGCUACCUCAAGUUCCUGCAGGGCAAGCGGGACGACACGUCGCCGCCGCCCAUGUCGCGCGGCGGAAGGAAACAGAAUUGGACGAGGCCGUCGUCGGCCGGCGAAGGCGGCGCACCCUCCGGACAAACUAACGGCGUAAUCACAGGUACGCCGGUUGUGAGUACCCCGAAUAUUCCACCUGUGACACCAAUUGUGCCUCCAAUCCAACGAUUGUCUCAGGGGGAUCCCCAAGACGAUCCGCGGUACUUUCCGUUGCCCAAAGAACGGAAACGUAAUAGCUUCGAUUCUGACAGCGAUGCGGAUUCUGACGACGAUUUCUUCAAUCCUGGUAAAAAGUCGUUGGCAUUGCCCAGCUUAAAAUCUGAUAGGGAUUUGAAGGAUAAAGAUAAAAAUAAAGAUAAACCAUCCAGAAAGGGAAGACCUUGCAAACCGGGAGGACCGACUGAGAGAAAAAGGUUGAAACAACUAGAAAAGGAAAGAUUACUUAGGGAAAAGGACAAAGAAGUUAAGUUGGAUACCGAAUCACUUCCGAAACGUGAGACAACAAAGAGGGCAGCUAAGGAGAAAAAGAGCAUUCAUUCCUUGAUGAAAGACGACGAACCCGAUGAACCGCUUGAAUUCCAAGAUUCCGAAGAUUCAGAUCCCGCCUGGACACCGAUGGCUAAGGAUGGUGACGAAGAAAUAGUGCUUCCUCUCAAGAAAAACAAAAGAAAUAGGCAAGGUAUGAAGCCGAAGAAGGUGAAAAACUUGAUAGCGGCGGCGGCCCAAGGGGCGGGCAUCCUUGACAACGAUCUGUACGGCACCGAGCUUUCACCGAAGAAAAACAACAAGCCGGGUAAGAAACACUCUGGUGCCGCCCCCAUGUUGGAGGACAACAUCGCGGCUUCCAUGCAAAAUCACACUUCCACCGACGACAAUCCCUUCAAGACUGGUGAAUUUUUGGCAAUAAAGGCGGACUUACAACAGGAGUGGCCGCCCAUUUGGAGAGUCGACGGCAAGGCAUUGCUUCAACGGUACGAGCCUUUCGAGCAAAACGGCAUCACCCUCUACAGGAAUAUGUCCACUUAUACGUCAUGGUCGCCCGAAAACAAGCGCCAAUACAUCUCGAUACCGGUGAAACAUAAGUCUCAAGGUUCAAUGGAAACCAUAGUGGAAUUCCUCAAGCACGAACUCACCAUCAUAGAUCCCGAAUACGAAGCGAAAUGCAUGAAGGAAUUCGAAAGUUAUCAGGACAACUUCGAAGUUUAUAUACAAACUCUGAUAUCGCAAGCCUUGGAUAGUAAUUUCCUCAUGGAGAUCUUCAGUGAAAAAGAUGAAUACUUUUUAUCAAACGUUAGAACAAUAGAUGAGAUUACAGAAAGUAGGAAAACGAAAUUUUUGUCGAUAUUGAGGUGGCCCCCCUCAUUGCAAGCUGCAGUUUGUACUUGGCCUUGCUUUAAUGUUUUAAAAGAGGUGAGCCAAGACGCUCAGCUGAAAAAGUGCCAUGCCUGUGGAAAGACGGAGGUGUCCGUAAGAGUUUUAAUGUACGGACAACCUUAUAAUUCCACAACCCUCGAGGGAUGCCAGCCAGAUCCCUCAGCUAUGAACGAAAAGGAUUUCCUUAUGUGUCGGAUGUGUGCAAGCAAAAUAGAAUUAUCAAACAAAAUCACCCACCAAAAGUAUCUCAUGUACAUAGAAUGCGCAAAAAAAGUUGCGGAGAAAAGAAGUUUAGACCCGAAUAAAGAUACGACUUGUAUAUUAAACGAAUUACUAGCUGAUGAGGGUUGGCUAUAUCAGUUAUUCUCAAAUGUACGAACAUUGUGGGCGGAAAUAGACUGUAUAGAACACAGCUUAAAAAAGGAACCGCCUGUGUCACAGUGAUAUUUAAGUGGUGGUCGUUUUUUGACUUUUCUACAAACAAUCAAAUGUGAUUUUUUGAACGUAAAGAAGAUUAUAUUGUUUUCGGAUCAUGACUCGGGGCAGGAGUCUCGAACAUUUAUGUAUAUUUUGAAAUUUUAAGAGAGUUUAUAUUGUAAUAUCAAUUGUAUUAUUUUGUAUUGUAAUUUUUUUAUUUAAAAUUUUGAUAAAAUAUGACACUGGGAAAGUUAUUUAUUUGAUAUUUAAUAUCCAAAAUGAAAUAUGUAGAAAGCGCUGUACUCAAUAGAUUUAAGAAAAGAUUUUUUGAUAAACAUAUAUGUACAUAUUUGAUAUUGCAGAACAGUUUAAAUAAUUCAUUUUUAACUAAAAACUGUAAGGUUUUGUUGAAAUAUGGAGAUUAGGAGAAACUCUUAUGGGCCAAUUAUUUUCAUCAAACUGAAAAAUUGUUUAUAGCAGUGUCAUUAUUUAAUAAUCUUGUUAGGUGUUUUCAUUUGAGCAUGGCCUUGUCUUGUCAUUUGCCAUAUUAUUAUUUAAUUAUAAGUUUUAAAAUACGCUUUUAGUUUGUUUGGCCAUGAACAAAAACAACACUUAUAUUUAUGAAAUCAAACAGUAGCAAUGUAUCUCUCCCGUUUGGUUUUGUAAUAAUAUGAGGCACUAAAGUUAUUGAUUGUUCUGUGUAAUCAUUCUCUUAUAUAUUUCCUCUUUAAUUUAUGUUUAUUGUUUAUAAAGGUCUAUUUUCUUUAAUUGAUUCACAUUAUAGACAGCCUUGUAAUUUUAAAGUUGAGUAAACUUUCUGGUGUUAGUAUAUUAAAAGAGUUUGAUUUAAUUUUAUUAGAAACAAUCCCAAAUCCAAGAUUGCUUCUCUAACAAACGAAACGAAAUAUUUAAUAUUUUUUAAGAGCCAUGAAAGUUAACUUUUCUUUACACUGAUGCAUCCAGUUUGAUGUAAUUGUGAUAAAUCACAUCACAAGUCCCAUUUGUGCUUAAAUGAGACACAGCCCUUUGUACAUGACACUUUGUUUUGUUACUGCCCUUUAUAAGUAUAUUUUUUGUACUAGAUUAUUAUCCAUGGUGCAAUCAAAAUUGUAAUUAAAAUUUCUGUAUAUCAGUAGACUUUCUUAAAGAAAGGAAGAACAAGCUGUGUUGCUGGAUUAUUUAGUGCUCAUAAGUUUUACAGAGGUGAUAAUGUAAUUUUUAUUAAUUUACAUUCGUUAUUGUACAGGAGCACGUCAACUCAUUGAAUAAAUCCAAUUAAUAUUUGUA